CACAUCAUACUAAACCUAUCGUUCCUCUUUCUCCACUUUUGUCACUCCCAAUUUCAUCUCCAACUUUCACUCCCAAUCAGUCUCCUCUCUCAUCCAAAUUUCCAACAUAAAAUAGUGCAAUUAGGGUUCUUAGCCAUUCUUUUUCUCUUAAUCUCAAGGAUAGUGCCGCACCUUUUAGUUCCCUGUGCCACAUUAGCCAUUCUUUUUCUCUCAAUCUGCUUCAGUACUCAGCCCCAAAGUUCAAGAGAAUAAAAGCAAAAAAUAAGCAAAGAAAAUGAGAGAAAUGGUAAUCAAAGAGUUUAGCCGCCCCAGCACACCCAAUUAUUAUAUAUAUAUAUAUAUCUUGAAAAACCUCCCUCAAUUUCCAGUCCAAAACCCUACAAAUUCUCUGUUUCUGUUUACUGAGCCAAGGAUUUUCAAAAACCAAUUUGAAGAAAGCUAGUGUAUCCUUGAGGAGAGUUGCGACUUCACUGUUAACAGAUUUGGAACUAUUAAAAGUUUUGAGAUGACUAUGAAUCAAGAAGUGACUACAAGGAAAAACAAAAAAGAAACAAACUCACAGUAUCUUCCAGCUGGAUCACUUUCAUCGUUGGCAAAAGAAAAGUUUUCAUUGUUGACAACCAAAAGAGUUGUUCCACCUAACUUUUCAAAUAGACAACCAAAGCAUCCAAGGUUAGGAUCUCAAGUGCAAAAACCAGUGCGUCAAUUGCCACUUACCUCUCAUGUACCAGAUAAAAGUACAAGAACAAGUACAACAAGUACCAUUGGAUUCUAGCUCUCCUUUAGCAACAAAAGGGCAAGAACAAGUGCAUCGAGCGACACUACACUCUACAGCUUCUGCUGCACAAGCAGUACUGGAACAAGUGCAGCAAGUGUCGCAACGUUCUACAGCUUCUGCAGCACAAGUAGUAUUGGAACAAGUGCAGCAAGUGUCGCACCAUUCUACAUCUUCUGCAGCACAAGUAGUAUUGGAACAAGUGCCGCAAAUGUCGCAACAUUCUGCCACUCAUGAAGUAAUUGAACAAUCAGAAAAACGAGGCUCUUCCACUGUAAAACGAAAAAGAGGAAGGACACAGAUGCCACGUGUACAUGGAAGGAGUGAGCGCAAGUUGGUUGUUCUAAGCGAUUUGAACCAACCCAUUGGUCCUACUGACGAAAUUGUAAAAGAGUUGGGAAGUUUCCUCGGUACAUUGGCAAGAAAUUCAACCUUUUGUCCUCUGAAUAUACAUAACUGGAAGAAACUGAAUACAAAAGAGGAUAUGUGGACAUAUAUCAAGACAAAAUAUGACAUUCAUGAUGAUGGAAGAGAGUGGGUUUUUCAAUCAAUUCAAAAUGCUUGGAGAAGAAAAAAAAGAAGGAAACUUCUGAGGAACCAUCAAGUAAGGACAUGUUUGUGGCAACGAGAUCAAGAAAAGCCGGUCGAGUAUACAAGGAAUCAUAUGAAGAUACAAUGCGCAAAAUUGCUGAAAUGGAGCAAAUACAAACUCAAGAAAGUGAAGAUGAUAACCAAUCAAUUGACCCAUUUGCAACAGUCAUGGGACUUGAACAUCCAGGUCGCGUAAGGUUGUAUGGUCGUGGGGUUACAAAGACUAUCUUGAAACAAAAAUCUGGAAAUUCUGGACCCUCUUCAAAGACUACUGAUGAGAUAAUGGAGCAAAAAAUGAAGGAAAUGGAAGAGAGAAUGCAACAAAGGAUGCAGAAAAACUUCGAGGAACAACAGGAAACUUGGCGGCAACAAAUUACACUUAAUGUUGUUGCACAACUUCAGCAUAUUAACCCAGAUUUACGAAUUGAUCCUAAUAUGCUAGCAUUCGGUGGUCGUUCACUCGGAGAAGCUUCCUCUGCACAACAAGCUACAGUUCAACUAAUCAAUCGUCCAUC